AUGGGCAGAAAUCUCAUGAAGACCGGCGUGAAGGGGUGCAAAUAUAUGGAUAUGUGGAUAUUUGCAACAGCGGCGGUUAUAACUCAACAUCAGAUGAACAGUGGUUCAUCAAGUGAGUCCAAGGUGGGUCGACAGCUGCUAAGUGUCCGUCUAGCGAGGUCAGUCCAUCGAGUUUUGAUUGCAGAUAGCGUGAACGUU